CCGUCCUGCCAGAAACACACAGACACGAAGAGAAGGAAGCGACGACAUCCAGCCGAAUCUCCGAACUCCCCCCCCCUCCUCGACUCUUUAACCAAGAACAUUAGCAGCCCAGCACCGGCUCCUAACCUUGUAAAAAACAAAUCGUUUUUAAAUUUUUCUAUAGUUUCCCCCGUUUGGCUCCGGUUGCCGUCUGGGUGGACGUGGACGUGAACAUGCCGUCAGAGAAAACCUUCAAACAAAGAAGGACGUUCGAACAGCGAGUAGAAGAUGUCCGACUGAUCCGGGAGCAGCACCCAAACAAAAUCCCUGUGAUCAUCGAGCGGUAUAAAGGAGAGAAGCAGCUGCCCAUCCUGGACAAGACCAAGUUCCUGGUGCCGGACCACGUCAACAUGAGUGAGCUCAUCAAGAUCAUCAGGAGGCGCCUCCAGCUCAACUCCAACCAGGCCUUCUUCCUGCUGGUCAACGGCCACAGCAUGGUGUCCGUGUCGGCGGCCAUCUCCGAGGUGUACGAGCGCGAGCGGGACCAGGACGGCUUCCUCUACAUGGUGUACGCCUCUCAGGAGACCUUCGGCGCUACCGCCGCCGCCAGCAGCGCCGCCCAGUGAACAGCCUCCCUCCCUCCUCCCGUUAGACCCUGCCAUCGGACCCCCCCCCCUCCACCUCGUCCUCCUUGUCUCUCGCCACAAAGCUCCCUCAGAACUAAGACACGGAGGGAAACGGCUCCAUCUAAACACGGCAUCUUGUAACAUCUCAAAUUGGUCAAGAGUGCAACCUCUUAAUAUUCCUGCGGUGAGCAGAUAGAGCGUUUGUGUAACCCCCCCCCCCCCCCCCCCAGUAGCAUAAAGCCAUUCGGGUGGACCAGCGCAGCAGAGUUGAGCAGAGAAGCUCCCGACCUGAGGGUGUGUGUGGUUAGAUCCGGUCCGCCGACGCUGCGGUCACUUCCUCCUCGGCUGUGUUUAUGUUAAUAUACAUGUCAGAUAGUGAGGUAAAGCUGGCGAGGCUCCGCGGCUCGUCGUUGUCGACAUCUGGAGACUCGGCAGGGACGGACCGCUGGAUUCACGUGUUUUUAUUGGAAGUUUUUAGUUCAGGUGACGUUUUCUUCCCAGAGAGAUUUACAAGUCAAACAGCAACGAUCCUCAAUCAGCUCAUCGCCGCCGCGUCUGCUGUCACUUUCUCUUAAUGGUCCUUCUUCGGUGUGUGUGUGUGUGUGUGUGUGUGUGCGUGUGUGUGUGUGUGUGUGUUUUUUAAUUUUUAAAAUCCCUCCCUGCCUCGUAGCCUGAAGCAUCUUUAGUACAACAAGGGUGUUGGGGAUCUGCUUUGCUCUUCAAACAGAUGAUUGUAGUCUGCAUACAUAUGUAUAUAUGUGUCCGAUGCCUUGCUGUGCUGUUUAGACAUGAAAGGGGUUCCAGUGAGAGUAACCGAGCUGAUCUGGACACACUACAGUGAGCGUGCUCUGAUUGCAUGUGUGAAUGGAGGAGGACGGUGUGUCUGUAUAUUCUGAAGAGGGAGAAAGGUGGGAGUUGGGUUCGCCAUGUCCUCAUCUUCCUCAUGUCUUUACUAUUUAGUGAUCUGCAGCGAUUGACUCCCGCGCAGGUCGAUGAGCAUCGUGUCUGACUGUAACUGUCCACCUGUGUAUGUGUAGAACGACUCCUGUGCUGCCCCGCUCCCCUUCCUCCUCCUCCUGCUCCUCCUCCUCCUAACAGGUGGACGUGUAGCUGCUUUAUACCGCAGUAUUAUAAUUUUGGUUCUUUUUAUUUAAUGUGAUUUUUACUUCAUCAUAUGACGUGUUCCAGCUCUUCUGUCUGCAGUAUGUAAAGGUGACUUUCUCUUUCCUGACUUACGAAACCCAUUCUGUGUCUGGGACUGAGGGGUGGAGCAUUUGUUUCAAUGCUGUUUUCCUGCCUGCUCCUCUGUUUCACGCACACACCCACACAGCAAUAUCACAACGCCUCCUUUAUGUUUUUAUGUUGGUAUUUUGUAAACAAUAAAGUAAGGGGAAAAAAGUG